GCCCAGCGUGCACAUCAAUCUCACCACCGCCGCCGCAGGCACGACGCGUCCAGGGCAUCCAACGCACGCGCGCCUUCUCCAGCCUCCAUCCAUUCUGGGCUCGCAUCUCGUGAGUGCAAUGGCGCAGCCGCCGCGCUUCGACUCCGUCCUCAGCUUCGGCCGCGCCGCGGACCCCGACGCGGACCGGCCGGCCAACGACGGAGCCGAGGAGGUCGCCUCCGACGCCGGCAGCAGCGACGACGACGACGACGCGGGGUUCGAGUUCGCCUUCGCGCCGCCCCUCAAGGCAGCGGGCCACGAAGCAGAGGACGUCCUCGCGGUGGCCGACGACCUGUUCGCGCACGGCCGCAUCCUGCCGGCGUACCCGGUCUUCGACCGCUACCUCCUCCGUGACCACGACGAGGCGGCGGCGCCCCAGCCCCAGGCGUCCACGGCGCCGCCCUCGCCGGACACGUACUGCGCCUGGACGCCGGGGUCGCCCGCGAGGGAGGGGCCCUUCCCCAAGAGCGCCUCCACGGGGGAGGCGCACCGCUGGCGCCUGCGCGACCUCGUCGGCAUAGGCGCGCGCUCGCACAGCGACGGCAAGGAGAAGUUCGUCUUCCUGCAGCCCCCCGCCGCCGCCACGCCGUCCAAGAUGUCCGGCAAGGCGACAGUGUCGGCGGAGACGACGGAAGGCAAGCAGAGCACGAAACCCUCAGCCCAGCAGCAGCAGAAGCAGAGCAAGAAUAAGAGCAAGGCCGCCGUGACCGAGAUGGACAUGGCUACCGCGCACAGGCUCUUCUACGGCAAACAGGACGCCGCCGCCGGCGACAGGAGGCAGCGCUCGUACCUGCCCUACCGCCCGGGGAUCUUCGGCUUCUUCGCCACCGCGCACGCGUUCGGCCGGUCGCACCACCCCUACUAGCCACCUACCGCCGGCCUCCGGCCUCUUGCCGCGCCGAUGAUCACUUCACUUCGAUAGGGAUCAAGCUCUCGAUAAAUAUUUAUUUUUUGUUCAUUGUAUGAUGUUAAAUUUCCUGUAGAAUGAUAGAGUGACACAAAAUCAAAUGCGAUAGCUCUUGUAGAAAGAUUAUUAUUUUGUUUGAUUUUUCCCCAGUUAAUUCUAGGCAAUUAGCUCAUUGUUCUUGCCAUUUCGUGUGAAUACAAAAAAAUUACGCGCCA